AUUUACCCGAUUUACCUUUUCGCUGUCUUGUUCAAUCUUGUUUCAUUUUUCCUUUCUUGAUCCCAACAAUCCCAGGUUCAAAUCGUCACCAUGGGUCGUAUGCACGCUCCAGGAAAGGGUAUAUCCCAGUCAGCAUUGCCUUACAGGCGAAGUAUCGCAACUUGGCUGAAACUCACUCCAGAAGACACGAAGGAUUUAAUUUUUAAAUUGGCAAAAAAGGGUCACACACCAAGUCAAAUUGGUGUUAUUUUGCGUGACUCUUAUGGUGUCGCACAAGCACGUUUCCGAACAGGAAGCAAAGUUCUGAGGAUUCUCAAAAGUCUGGGACUUGCCCCUGAAAUUCCUGAAGAUUUAUAUCAUUUAAUUAAGAAAGCUGUGGCCAUCAGAAAGCAUUUAGAGCGUAAUCGCAAAGACAAGGAUUCAAAGUUCCGUUUGAUUCUCGUCGAAUCGCGAAUUCACCGGCUCGCACGUUAUUAUAAACAAAAAUCUGUUUUACCACCAAGCUGGAAAUAUGAAAGUUCAACAGCAAGUGCUCUUGUUGCUUGAAUCAGUUUAAAUUUUCAACAUCUUUUAAUAAAUCACUUUUAUUAAUUUA